UCUCUCUCUCUCUUACUGUGGCCGAAGCUUUCUUAGCGGACGUUUUUCUCUGAUUCUUCAGAUUCUCGAAGGUGAAAUGCCAGAGAUUCAAUUAGGUGUUCAUACUAUAAGAUCCCAUGGAGCUCAAGUGGCAAGAUUUCAUAUGCACGACUGGCUAAUUCUUCUGCUUCUUGUGGUGAUAGAAAUCAUUUUGAAUCUUAUAGAACCAUUUCACCGUUUUGUGGGGGAGGAAUUGAUGACAGACCUAAAAUAUCCUCUGAAAGACAAUACAGUGCCUGUUUGGGCUGUUCCGGUACUUGCUAUAUUGUUGCCUUCUGCAGUCAUUCUUGUGUAUUACUUUAUUAGGAAGGAUGUCUAUGAUUUCCAUCAUGCCAUUUUGGGCCUUUUGUUUUCAGUACUUAUAACUGGAGUUAUAACUGAUGCAAUCAAAGAUGCUGUUGGUCGUCCUCGUCCAGACUUCUUUUGGCGUUGCUUCCCUGAUGGCAAGGGGGUAUUUGAUCUGGUUACAAGGAAUGUUAUGUGCACUGGACAGAAAAGUGUCAUCAAGGAAGGACACAAAAGUUUCCCAAGUGGCCAUACAUCUUGGUCUUUUGCUGGCUUGGGUUUUCUCUCAUGGUAUUUAUCAGGGAAAAUUCGGGCAUUUGAUCGUAGGGGCCAUGUUGCAAAGCUUUGUAUCAUUUUUUUGCCGUUGCUUGUUGCAGCUUUGGUUGGAAUUUCACGAGUGGAUGACUAUUGGCAUCACUGGCAAGAUGUAUUUGCUGGAGGAAUUAUAGGGCUGACCGUGGCUUCAUUUUGUUACUUACAAUUUUUCCCACCUCCAUAUGAAGUAGAUGGUUGGGGUCCGCACGCCUAUUUCCGAAUGUUGGCAGAGUCCCGAAACAACGACCAAUCUUCCUCCAACUGGAGCGACGGCCGCACUGCGCGCCCUCAGCAGUAUGGCCAGUCUCACAGUGGCUUGGAAGCAUCAGAAAUGAACAUAAGUGAUAGAAGCCCAAUCCUGGAUGUUAUGGGAAGUGGAAGAAGACAAUUAACUUGAGGUGUUCUUUCAGUUAGUAGAAGCAGAUGAAGAUGAGCAGCAAGCUGGGCGGAUCAAGCAUUUAGCAUUUAGGAUGGGUGGAAGAUAGGAUGCAUUCAAAUCUUGUAUCUCACACGUGAAGAUAUUAAUGUUUGAUGUUGAUAAUCUGCGUCGAUAAAGGGCGGAAUACAUACAUAAUAAAAUGCGACGCAAUUAUAAAAGAAGUAACGUAAAAUUUGUCAUCUUUUCAAACAUGAAAUUGUUUGAAGAAAACGAGAGUUUUUACCAUUCUAAUUGGCAAGGGUGUUGGCUCAUACAAG